UGCUCUGCUCGGCGUUUGCGAGCGAGCAGCUUGGACAGAACCAGGAAGUGGAAAGGAGAGUUGAUUUCAGACAAGGAGCAGAUGUGUUGCUUUUUCCACGGGGUUCAUACAUUUACACAAAAGCAACAGUUGCGCAAUUAAUGCUAUGUUACCUUGUUUCCUUUUUAAUUUAGCUAGCACCAGUAGGGUAAGUGAACGAGUUAACUGAGACGAAUACCCACGAGUUGCGGUUCAGUAAAAAAAAAACAACUACAGUACUCGACUAUCACUAAUACAGAGUUGUAUUACAACAAAAGACACUAGAAUGGAAUGGGUGUGCCAAGUGUUCUUGUACUUCCGUUGUAUGCCCAGUGCUGGUUUGGCCGCCACGAUGGCGAUCAGAAUCCAGAAACAUUGCAUCCUUGGCACACUGCUCAGUCAUUAAUAGACGAUCCAAACGACUAGAUUUGUCAUUUUUCAAGUUCCCUAAAAACAAAACCAGAAUGGAGGGAUUCAAGACCCCCCAGAUGUCCAGAAUGAGGAGCUUUGGAAGUGGAGGAGGAGGAACUCCCAUCAACAUCCCAGCCUCUCCUUUCAUGAAGAAGCUGGGCUGUGGGACAGGAGUCAGCGUCUACCUCAUGGACAGAGCGGGGAAACUGAAUGCGUCUCCCUGGGCUAUCAAGAAGAUCAACAGCAAAUGCGCCAGCAAACAGGUGCAACUUUACCAGAAGCGUCUGAACGAGGAGGCUGAGGUCCUGAAAGGAAUCAACCAUCCCAACGUUGUUGGGUUCCGUGCUUUAGUCACGGCCAAGGACGGAUCCAAGUGUCUGGCCAUGGAGUUCGGAGGAGAGAAGUCCCUCAAUGACCUCAUCGAGAAGAGGAAGGAAGAAGGCCUGCUGGCGUUUCCCGCCGCCCGCAUUGAGAAAGUGGCGCUUCAUGUCGCCCGGGGUCUGCAGUAUCUUCACAACGAGAGGAGGCUGCUGCACGGAGACAUGAAGUCUGGCAAUGUGGUCAUCAAGGGCGACUUUGAUGCGGUCAAGAUCUGCGACGUGGGCGUGUCCCUUCAACUGGACGAGAACAUGAGAGUGUCUGAUCCAGAGGCGGAGUACGUCGGCACAGAACCCUGGAACCCAAAGGAGGCCUUGGAGGAGGGCGGCGACAUCACAGACAAGGCUGACAUCUUCUCCUACGGCCUGACCCUGUGGGAGAUGAUGACCCUGGCCAUGCCUCAUCUGGACAACCCGGGGGUUGAUGAUGAGGAGGAGGAGGGUGAAGAGGACUCGAUGGAGGAGAGCUUUGACGAGGAUGCCUACUACGCCAGGCUGGGGACGAGGCCCGCCCUGGACGCCGAGGCUCUGGGCGACUGUUACAGGAGGAUGGUAGAGCUCUUCUACGUGUGCACAGAGGAGGACCCCAAGAAGAGACCCUCAGCCGCCCAAAUCGUGAAGGCGCUGGAGAGCAACGCCCCGCUAGAAAAAACGGCAGCAGCCACUGAGGUUUGAUUGUCCAAAACCAAAUUACUCAUGUACGUGGAUGUCAGUCUGCUCUUUUUUUGUUUUCCUAUCUUUCCUGUCUUAUAUAUUGUCCUUAGUUUUGCCACAAAGCAACAAUGUUAUCUCGCUUUUAACAGCUCCUGUAUACUGUACAUCUCAUUUCCUUCCAAUGGUGUAUGUCGGCAUUGUCAAAAAAAAAACAAGUCCAGUGGAUUAAAACAUGUUUAUUAAAACUAUUUACAACGUAAUUUCAAAACUGUACUUUUUUUCUUUUCCAAAUGCAGACCUGCCAACCUGUACACAUUUUUCAUACACGCCCCCUCGUGCAUAGCAUGCACCUUCAAAUAAAAUCUAACCUAUUACAUCAUUU